UUGAAUGCAGCAGUUGUGUGUCAGACAGGACAACAUGGCUGCUGCUGCGGGCCGAUACUACGGAGAAGGAGGCAGAGCGACGAAAAGACAGAAAACGGAGGAAGGAGGGAUGACAACGGAGAGCUACGAAGACCCUCACAAACCACUGCCCUCCCAGGUGGUGCACAUCAGGGGUUUGGUGGAUGGUAUUAUGGAGGCUGACCUGGUUGAGGCUCUACAGGAGUUUGGAGCCAUCAGUUAUGUGGUUAUGAUGCCCAAGAAGCGCCAGGCCCUGGUUGAGUAUGAGGACAUGAAUGGCUCCUGCAAUGCUGUUACUUAUGCCGCUGAGAACCAGGUGUACAUCGCAGGCCACCCUGCCUUCAUCAACUACUCCACCAGCCAAAAGAUUUCUAGGCCAGGAGACUCGGAUGACACACGGAGCGUCAACAAUGUGCUGCUACUCACCAUCAUAAACCCUAUAUAUCCUAUCACUACGGAUGUGCUCUACACCAUUUGCAACAACUGUGGUCCUGUACAGAGGAUUGUCAUCUUCAGAAAGAAUGGCGUUCAGGCCAUGGUUGAAUUCGAUACUGUCCAAAGUGCCCAGAGGGCUAAAGCUUCCUUGAAUGGGGCAGACAUCUAUUCCGGUUGUUGCACUCUCAAGAUAGAAUAUGCCAAGCCAGCACGCCUUAAUGUCUUCAAGAACGACCAAGACACGUGGGACUACACAAACCCCACUUUGAGUGGCCAAGAUGCUGAUGGUGAAGGCAAUUGGAACAGUUCGCAAGAUCCCAAUGCCAAUCCCAACAAACGUCAGAGGCAGCCUGCUCUGCUAGGAGAUCACCCACCAGAUUAUGGUGGGCCUCAAGGAGGAUACCAUAGCUACAAUGAUGACGGCUAUGGGCCCCCUCCUCACCAUCGCAUGGGACCAGGAAUAGGCGGGCGCGGUCGUGGUAGCCAGCGAUAUGGCCCCGGAUAUGGACCGCCACCUCCCGAGUAUGGUCCUCAUGCAGACUCCCCAGUUCUUAUGCUGUAUGGUCUUGAGCCAGCCAAGAUUAAUGCCGACAAGGUCUUCAACAUCUUCUGCCUCUAUGGGAAUGUAGAGAGGGUGAAGUUCAUGAAGAGUAAGCCUGGAGCAGCAAUGGUGGAGAUGGGGGAUUGUUACUCUGUGGACAGAGCUAUCUCUCACCUCAACAACAACUUCCUUUUUGGACAGAAACUCAGUGUUUGUGUGUCCAAGCAGCAAGCGAUUGUGCCCGGACAGUGUUACCAGUUAGAGGACAACACAAGCAGCUUUAAAGAUUUCCACGGCUCCCGCAACAAUCGCUUCACCUCCCCAGAGCAGGCGGCUAAAAACCGAAUCCAGCACCCCAGUAAUGUCCUGCACUUCUUUAAUGCACAGCCCGACAUCUCUGAGGAGAUAUUCAAUCAGGUCUGUGAUGAACUGGGGAUUAAGAGUCCCACAAGUGUGAAGCUUUUCACUGGAAAAAUUGUCUUGUGUGACACGAAAGGUGAGCGAAGUUCAUCCGGUCUGCUGGAGUGGGAGUCCAUCAAUGACGCUAUGGAAGCCCUCGCUCUGAUGAAUCAUUUCCAGAUGAAAAAUCCCAGUGGGCCUUACCCUUACACACUGAAGCUGUGUUUCUCAACUACACACCAUACCAACUAAAUAUCACCCCCUUUAUACAUUUGUAAUGUUUUGUGUCUUUGCUUAGUAUCACACAGGUUUUGUGUGUGUGUGUGUCGUUGCAUCUGAUCAUGAAAAAUUCAGCCAGUGUUGACAAAACCUAGUGUGCUUGAGAACAUGUUAUGGCUUUGUAUAAUUUUAUUUCAAUGUUACCAUGGUUUUUUUCCCCCAUUUCUUUUGUAUUUUUGACACAUUGAAUUUGAAAGAUUUCACACUACCCUGAAAUAACAUUUGUGUUUUUAAAUAAAGCUAACAUUCACCAUUAGGUGAAGACCAGUCACUGUCUUUAAAUAAACUGUACUGACGAUAUUGAAAGGUUUAUUAUUAUUUAUUCAAUUUUGAGAUCACACAUUCAUUUUUCCAGUAGUAGUAGGAGAACACUUAAGUCUGCAUCAGACAGAGCCCCCUUCAGACUGAACCACAAUCUUACAAUUACACACAUCAAUAUUUGCUCUACAUUCAAUUCAAUAUUGAGGUGUAGAUUUUUGUGUUUGGUUGAUUAAUAAAGUUACAAUGUGCUGUUGCUCCUUUUA